AUGAUGCGAUGGUUCGCACGUCGCCCUGCUUUCUCCACCCUCGGCGGCGCUCUCUUAGAUGUCGUCAAAGGCAAGAGCGUGGUCCGGCUAAAACAAGCUACGCCUCUCUCGGCCACCGGCCUCACCUACAAGGACUUCUCCACCCCCAACGGCAUCGCCUUCCGCAUCGCCAUCCCCGAUGCCGCCGCCGCGCCCUUUGACGUCGCCAUCCAAAUCGUCGCCCCCAAGGCCGUCGGCUGGGCCGGUCUAGCCUGGGGCGGCACCAUGGCCAACUGCCCCCUCACCAUCGCCUACCCCAACGGCGAGACCGUGACGGCCUCUUCCAGGACCGCGAGCGGCCACCAAGCCCCUACCGCCUACGCCGCCGCCGAGUACACCAUCCUCCCCGGCACCACCGUCAACGCCACCCACUGGGUCCUCGACGCCGUCUGCAAGGGCUGCAGCCAGUGGUCCGGCCGCGGCCUCAACCCCGCCGGCUCCUCCCCGCUCGCCUGGGCCUUCGCCCCCGACGUCGUCUCCAACCCUUCCAGCGACACCGCCCCCAUCGGCUACCACAACCAGAACAAGGCCGUCGUCAACUUUGACUUCGCCGCCGCCAAGGUUCCCAACUUUGCCGAGGCUAUCGCCGGCGGCGCGGGCGGCGAUGGCGGCCCCGCCGAGCCCCGGCCGACUCGACUACGACCUCGGCGGCUGCGCCCACGACUGCCGCGUCUUCGGCCGCUUCUUCCGACAUCCCCCUCCUCUGGACGAAAUGAGUCCACCACGUGCUGCGAUAACCCUACAAUGGGUUGA